CUGACGUCAUGGACGGACCCCGGCUGUCAUGUGACUGGGCUCUUCCUUGUCAUGGCUGACACGCAGGGACUGGCUGGCUCUCCAGAUCAGGAAACAAUGUCUCAUGAGGAAUCCACAGAAGAAUCCGAGGAGGAUGAUAGUGAAGAAGAGCCAAAGCUGAAAUAUGAAAGGCUGUCCAAUGGAGUGAGUGACAUCUUACAAGAAGAUGCAGCAAGCUGUAUGACAGUCCACGAGAAGUUCUUGGCCAUGGGGACGCACAGUGGGAAGGUCUAUUUACUUGACAUCUGCGGCAACAUGACACAGAGGUUUGAUAUUAGCACUGUGAAGAUCAAUCAGAUCAGCCUGGAUGAAAGUGGGGAGCAUGUAGGCGUCUGUGCAGAGGAUGGCAAGGUGCAGGUGUUUGGGCUUUAUUCACGAGAAGGAUUACAUGAAAUAUUUGACUGUCCGAUAAAGAUCGUUGCUGUUCACCCUCAGUUUGGAAAAUCUGCCUGUAAGCAAUUUGUGACUGGAGGAAAAAAGCUGAUCUUAUAUGAGAGAACCUGGCUGAACCGAUGGAAGACAACAGUUUUACAUGAAGGAGAAGGAACGAUAACCAAUAUUAAAUGGCGGGGAAAUCUUAUUGCCUGGUCCAAUAAUAUGGGAGUCAAAAUACUAGACAUAAUCACAAGACAAAGGAUUACGAACAUACCCAGAGAUGACACGAGCCUACGUCCCGACAUGUACCCCUGCAGCCUCUUCUGGAAGGAUCAUCUGACUCUUGUCAUUGGGUGGGGGAAAUCUGUCAAGAUCUGUUCUGUGAAGGAGCGACACGCCAGUGAAAUAAGAGACUUGCCCAACCGUUAUGUUGAGAUUGUGUCACAGUUUGAUACAGAAUUCUUCAUUAGUGGAAUAGCGCCUCUCUGUGACCAGUUUGUGAUGCUGUUUUUUGUAAAGGAAACUUCUGAUAAUGCGAGUAAAGAGCUGUGUGCCAGGCCUCGACUGGAUAUCAUUCAGCCUCAGGCGGAUUCCUGUGAAGAGGUGUCCUCGGAUGCUAUAACAGUCAGGGGCUUUCAAGAGAAUGAGUGUCGGGAUUAUCGUUUGGAGUAUUCAGAAGGUGAAUCACUGUUUUAUAUAAUCAGCCCAAGAGAUGUUGUUGUGGCCAAAGAGCGAGACCAAGAUGACCACAUUGACUGGCUAUUGGGACGAAAGAAAUAUGAGGAAGCUCUCAUGGCUGCAGAGAUUAGUCAGAAGAACAUUAAGAGACACGAGGUUUUGGAUAUUGGCUUAGCGUAUAUAACACAUCUCGUGGAGAAGGGGGAUUACGACAUGGCUGCCAGAAAGUGUCAGAAAAUACUUGGCAAAAACAUGAAGCUGUGGGAAGAUGAAGUGUACCGCUUUAAGAAAAUAGGACAACUGAAGGCAAUCAGCAAGUAUCUACCAAGGGGAGAUUUACGCCUAAGACCGGCAAUAUAUGAAAUGAUACUGGACGAGUUUUUGAGAACGGAUUAUGAGGGAUUCUCAACCCUAAUCCGAGAGUGGCCUGGAGACCUGUACAAUAACAAAACUAUAGUCAAGGCUUUAAAGACUCAUCUAAACCGUGACCCAAGUAACCGAACGCUCCUGAAGGCUCUGGCAGAACUACACACGUACGAUCAGUGUUACAGUCAAGCUUUGGAAAUUUACUUAACCCUUCAACACAAGGAGGUAUUUGAUCUGAUUCACAAGCAUAACCUCUUCAGCUCUAUCAAGGACAAAAUAGUUUUGCUCAUGGAUUUUGAUACAGAGAAAGCUGUGGAUAUGCUUUUGGACAAUGAAGACAAAAUCUCUAUUGAUAAAGUUAUCGAAGAGUUAAAAAAUAGACCGGAACUACAACAUGUGUAUCUUCACAAACUUUUCAAGAGAGAUCAUCACAAAGGUCAAAAAUACCAUGAAAAGCAAAUCAGCUUAUAUGCAGAAUACGAUCGACCGAAUCUUCUGCCUUUUCUUCGAGACAGCACUCAUUGCCCGUUGGAAAAGGCCCUUGAGAUCUGUCAGCAGAGAAACUUUGUGGGAGAGACAGUAUUUCUGUUAAGUCGCAUGGGUAACAGUCGAAGGGCACUGCAGAUGAUCAUGGAGGAACUUAGAGAUGUAGAUAAAGCCAUUGAGUUUGCAAAGGAGCAGGAUGAUGCAGAGCUGUGGGAGGACCUUAUUCUGUACUCCAUUGACAAACCACCAUUUAUAACUGGACUGCUGAAUAACAUUGGGACCCAUGUUGAUCCGAUACUUCUGAUUCACCGGAUUAAAGAGGGAAUGGAGAUUCCUAAUUUGAGAGAUUCGCUUGUUAAAAUCCUACAAGACUAUAACCUCCAGAUACUGCUAAGGGAAGGUUGCAAAAAGAUCUUAGUGUCAGACUCACUGGCAUUGUUGAAGAAAAUGCACAGGACUCAGUCCAGGGCUAUGCUGGUUGAUGAGGACAAUAUUUGUGAAGUUUGCUUGUCGUCGAUACUUCCAACAGAUUCUUCAAAGCCUCUUGGCGUGGUGGUAUUUCACUGCAGGCACAUGUUCCACAGAGAGUGCCUGCCUGUUGGCAACACAAUGUCCCCAGCUUAUUUCUGUAACAUCUGCAGUGCCAAACACCGUGGUCCUGGGAGUGCUAUCUUAGACAUGAAAAAAUAGCCUUUAGAAAAUGCAGUUUCCCUCUUUUGUCAUUUCUGACAACCAGCUUUGAUGUUUCUGAUAUGUAUUUUGCUCGUCUGUAAAUUUACUCCUGUUGACAGGGGGGAUAAAGCUGCUUACAGCACAUUAGUUAUUCUAGAAGAAGAUGAUACACACGCAGAGCAUAUGGUUGUCUAAAAUUUCUGUUACAAAUUAAAAUAAAAUUUCCAUGCCUGA